AUGGCGACUCAGGUAGAUGUGCUCAUCUGCGGCGGAGGUUCGGCCGGCCUCUGCGCUGCCGUAUGGCUUGCACGGUGCGGCAUUGAGUACAAGAUCCUUGAGCGGCGGCCCGGACCUCUGGAGAUGGGCCAAGCCGACGGGGUGCAGUGUAGGACGGUCGAGGUUUUUGAGAGCUUUGGUCUCUCUGAAGACCUGCUCAAGGAGGCAUACCACGUGCUCGAGCUCGCCUUUUGGGCACCCGACGGUGCCGGUGGUAUCAAGCGAACCCAUUACGCAGCGGAUGUGGAGCCUGGGAUCAGUCACCAGCCUCAUGUCAUUCUGAACCAGGCGAGGAUAAACGCUCUCCUUGCUGCGGAAGCGCAGAGGGUUUCCGGGAAGUCAAGCAUCGAGUAUGGCUUUGAUGUCAAGGGGGUGGAGGUUGAUAGUGUGGCGGCACAAGACCCUCAGGCACAUUGUGUUUCUGUAACAGCGGCCAAAGACGGAGUCGAACAUGUUUUUCGGGCCAAGUACGUACUGGGCUGCGAUGGAGCCCAUAGCAUUGUCCGCAAGUCGUUGGGGUUUAAAAUGAUCGGCGACAGCACCAACGCGGUCUGGGGUGUAAUGGAUGUAUACCCGCGGACAGACUUCCCGGAUAUACGGAAGAAGGCAGCCAUCAGCUCGGAUGCCGGCAACCUCAUGAUUAUCCCACGAGAAGGCGACAGUCUUGCGCGCUUCUAUAUUGAGAUCGAGAACGCCCAGGCCGAUGCAUUGUCCUUGGAGGAUCUCCACGAUAGCGCGAGACGGAUUUUUAGCCCUUACACGAUGGACAUCGUGGAGACUGCGUGGUGGUCCGUCUACUCGAUCGGGCAGCGGCGUGCGGACUACUUCACCAAGAACAACCGCGUUUUCCUGACUGGUGAUGCCUGCCACACCCAUAGUCCCAAGGCAGGUCAAGGUAUGAACGUCAGUCUGCAAGACGGCUACAACAUCGGCUGGAAGCUGGCGGCUGUCCUGCGGGGCCGCGCCGACCCCACGUUAAUAGAGACGUAUGUCUCAGAGCGGGAGAAGACGGCGACCGAGCUGAUCGAGUUCGAUCGCUAUUGGUCCAAACUAUUCUCGUCGUCCUAUCGAAAGGAGCACAACAUCACCCCUGAGCAGUUCCAGCAGCACUUUGUCAAAGCCGGCCGCUACACGGCUGGGCAGGCGCUCAAGUACAAUGACUCCAUCAUCGUCUCGUCGGCGACAAGCGACGUGUCCCUCGCGCAAGGCCUAACGGUCGGGAUGCGGUUCCCUGCCGCACAAGUCGUCCGGUUCUGUGACGCCCGCGCCAUGCAAUUGGUCAGAGCGUUACCGGCGGACUCACGGUGGCACCUCGUUAUCUUCGCCGGUGACAUCAGGCAUAAGGCUGCGGCUGCGCGUUUAAGCCAGCUUGCCCAGUCGUUGGAUCAAAUUAUCCGUCACUUUACACCACCCGAUUCGGACGCGGAUAGUGUUAUCAACCUUGUUCUUGUGCUAUCAGGAUCACGUACGGAGAUUGAGCAGGAGCAGAUCCCUGAAGUAUUUACACCUGUUACGGGAAAAUGGAAGAUGAAAUGUUUGUUCAAAACAUAUGUCGAUGAUGACAGCUAUAACUCUGGCCAUGGCCACGCUUAUUCAUUUUACGGAGUGGACCCAGAGGGUGGCUGUUUGGUGAUCGUAAGACCUGACCAAUGCGCUUUAGAUGAUACGGACGGCGUUCUUGGAUUUCUAUCAGGGUUCAUGCACCCGGUGUAG